GUGGGACCUUCCGCGCGCACGUCUCACUGUGCCGAGCGCGAGAGCGGCGACCAGUGAGGGAUGAACAGUCAGUACGCCCGCCGGGAGGUCUUCUGCCGGAACACCUGUCACGAGCUCAAACGCUUCUGGGAAAGGGAAAUUGGCAAACAGACCUACUACCGAGAGUCGGAGGAAUACCGUCUGGGGAGAAGUGCGCUGAGAAAGCUCAGAGAAGAAUGGAAGCAGAGACUGGAAACAAAGCUGAGGCUGCGGAACAAUCCAGAUGAGACUGAAAAGCAGGCAAAUGUUGGCUGAGCUUCCUGUUUUGUUGAUGCAAGAGGAUGCAGAGCAUUGAGAUCACUCUGCUAGAAGUCAAUGCAAGUCCCCAAGCCCCUUUACCAUGCCAAAUACCUCUCACACUGUUUCCCCACUGUGAGGGGAUUUACCUGCAAAUCCUUUCCCAGUGCUCAGUGGGAGUUAUUAGCCAAGUCUCUCCUCUCUAAAUGGGGUCCAGGUUAUUAUCCCGAAUGUCUCUAAAGAUGAGCUUACUUAAUAUCAAAGCUCCAUGCAUCAUACUUUAUUUCCAUAUAAUUAUCUUCUGAUUUUGAUAU